GCAAAUUUCAAAGAAAAUAAAAUCGACGCGAAAAUGGCAGCGAUCUCUGCUUUGCAAGCGUAUGAAAGUGACGAAAGUGAUGAAGACAUUAGUGAUAAGGAGGCCCAUUCUGAAGAUGUAACGGCACAUCUUAGACCACUGGAAAAGAAUCGGACGGUUCAAUCACUGCAAGUGAAAUUACAGUUGAAUGCAGCACCAACUGUCGACGAAACGAGCGACUAUGGUACUAACCCUUACCAGCCCCUAGAUCCAUCUACAAAGACAGUGUCUUAUAAUCCUCAGUAUGAGCAGAUGUACAAGCCACAGGCUGGUCCUGCUAACCCCUUCAGGACUCAGCAACAGGCUGCUGCUAAGAAUACUCUAGCUGGUUACGUGGAACCUGCCCAUCUAAAUCCCUUCCAUUUUGAGAACCAGAGAAGAACAUUCUCAAGCUAUGGUUUUGCUGUUGAUCCCAGCACUGAGACGGGUGGGAAACAUAUUGUGUCCAAUAAAGAGGGAACCGAGCCGGAAGAAGGUAAAACAGUCUUUGAGUCGGUAGAGUUAAGGGAAGCUGACAAACGUAAGAGAGUGAAGAACAGAAAUGCUUCAGACAUCGAGGGCUUUGAGGGUCCUUGGGGGAAGUAUGUGGACGAGAAGACUGUAGCAAAGCCUUCUGAGGAAGAGCAGACAGAGUUAGAUGAGAUCCUUGCUAAGAGAGCUAAAAGAGGCAAGAAGGUGGAUGAUAAACCAGCAGAAGAGAAGACUACGCUGCACAUCAAGGAUGCCUACGACUACCAGGGUAGAUCCUACCUUCACAUACCCCAAGACCUGGACGUGGAUCUCAAGUCUGAGCUGCCUCCAGAGAAGUGCUACCUGCCCAAGAAGGCCAUCCACCAGUGGACCGGACACACCAAGGGCGUGGCAGCGAUCAGGCUCUUCCCUGGCUCCGGCCAUCUUCUGCUCUCCUGCGGGAUGGACAGUAAAAUCAAGAUUUGGGAGGUUUACAACCAGAGGAGAUUAGUCAGAACUUACACAGGUCACAAACAGGCCGUCAGAGAUAUAUGCUUCAACAACGAUGGAACAAAGUUUCUCAGUGCUGCCUACGAUCGUUACAUCAAGCUUUGGGACACAGAAACAGGGGAGUGUAUUGAGAAGUUUACGAGUCGUAAGGUUCCGUACUGUGUGAAGUUCAACCCAGAGGAGGACAAACAGCACAUCUUUGUGGCUGGCAUGUCAGACAAGAAAAUUGUACAGUGGGACAUAAGAAGCAACGAGAUCGUUCAGGAGUACGAUCGCCACUUGGGAGCCGUCAACACCAUCACGUUCGUCGAUAACAACAAACGCUUUGUGACGACCUCGGACGACAAGAGUCUGAGGGUGUGGGAAUGGGAUAUUCCUGUAGAUUUUAAGUACAUCGCAGACCCCAGCAUGCACAGUAUGCCCAGCGUCUCUCUCAGUCAUAAUGGUAAAUGGCUGGGUUGCCAGGCGAUGGACAAUCAGAUCGUGAUCUACAGCGCCAUCAACAGGUUCAGACAGAACAGGAAAAAGAUCUUCAAAGGUCACAUGGUUGCUGGUUAUGCCUGCCAGAUGGACUUUGCUCCUGAUAUGAGUUACGUUGUUUCUGGAGAUGCCGAUGGCAAAUUGAAUGUAUGGGACUGGAAGAGCACAAAACUGUACACGAAGCUGAAAGCGCACGACGGUGUGUGUAUCGGCUGUCUGUGGCAUCCGCAUGAAACAUCAAAAGUGAUAACGUGUGGCUGGGAUGGACUCAUCAAACUCUGGGACUGAGACAAUAACUGUGCAUUUUCAGUGAACUUGAAAGCUUUGAUGGAGACCAACUUUAUAUUCGAGUAUAUUGGACUGUGAAGGAGAAGUGCUCAUAUCCACAGGUUGGAGUUGCAGAAAGUUUGUCAGCUUAUAUUCUCAUCAUCACGCUGUACACCCUGACGCCAACUUGACGACCCGAAAGAAACAGAGACAGAUUUGUGAGCAUCAUCCUGUAUACACAGCACAUGUUCUCGUACAUUAUAUCAAAUGGUGCCAACAAGAAACUGAGUGUGUGGGACUACAUAAUGGAAAUAUUGGACAGUUGAGUUGGAGGCUGUUUGAGAUUUUCUGUCUGCAUAUAUAUAUAUAUAUAUAUGAAACGGGUGAAAUAUAGAUUUAGGUAGAUCUUGCCUAUAUUGGAGAUUUCCUGAAGUCCAUUCCAGCAAUUAGGUUUGGGGUCAUGUUUUACAUAAAUCUGUUUGAUCAGAAGCUUAAGCUUGAAUAAGAUUAUUUGACAGGUAUACAUGCAUUGUACAAUUAAUGCACUCUUCAUGCAUUGUCUUUAUACAAAUAGACAGCAUUACCAACAUUGCAAAAUGCAUGCUAACCAUAUAAUUUGAUUUCAAUUUCCAAUCAUAAAUAUCUUGUUAAUCAGACAGUCGAUCUGCUUUUAAAAUUCAUGGGGUUCCUGACUGACCUAAAGGUUUAUAAUUAUCAUUGUAGCAUGAGCUAAAUCCAGGAUUUUGUUUCAGAAUCUGAGACAAAGAGACCCAAUCCCUUCAAAAUGAUUCACACAAAGUCUUUUUUAGGAUUCUGGCAUAGACAUGUAUUAUUUACAGACUUCACCAGUACCAACUGUGUCUCAUACUCUAGGUUUAUUCUCUCAUGUAAAACCCCAUAUAUAUAAUUGACAUUGCAAUCAAUACAUACAAACUUUGAGUUAAGUAUGGGCCUAAGAAACCUGACUAAUAAUGCAGGAAAUGUUAAAGGGGGGUGUAGCAUGGCAAAUACUGAUUAACGCCAUCUACGACUGACAGACUGAAGUUCUCUUCAUGCUUCGGUUUCGCAUAUGUUGCAUGCACGUGAAUACUGCAGUCGCGUUGUCCGUAGUCGUAUUAUACCUGAUUGGUCCCAAGUCAGGCCACGGGAAAGACACAUAGUCUCGUCAUGCUACACCCCUUUUAAGAGGACUUGAAAACCACUGAUUAAUACUUUGCAGCCAUGUUGAAUUUCAUACCUUUGGCUUCCAAGAGAAUGGCGUUAAUUAUUUAAUGACAUGUGCUUGAAAGGUCAAUUUUCAAUUUUAAUUCGUUCCAAUAGUCCCAUAUCACCAGAAUGCCCUAAUCAGUGCUUGUAAUAUAAAUCAGGGUUCAGUGACACAAAGAUGAACUCCAUAUUUUACCAAAAUGAGUGUUUGAUAUCAAACUGUGGGCUUUCCAGGUAACACAAAAACUCAACUCCACCCAACACCCCAUUGAAGUCAAUGGCUAGUGAAACAUAGACUUAAAGCCCAAGUGGACCUCUAUCUUUAAACCCCUUUUUCUCAAAAAUGGCCAAAGUGGAGUCACGUCUUUGUGUCACUGACCCCUCAAAAUGUAUUUAUUUGUUUACUGGGCAGUCAUAAAUUGAAGGACAUUAUUGAUGAUAUAAAUUGAGUAAAAGAACAUUGAUACCAUGUGCAGGCGGUUAGAUGAUAAUACUUGUACAAUAUUUUGUAUUAAAAACUAUGUUUUUACUAGUAAACA